CCCUUCUACUAAAAAAGCAGCAUCCGAGUACAUAUACUUUCAAAAAAAAAGGGAAAAGUGUCAAAUAAGUCCUCCUACUACUCUGAAAAUGUCAAUUAAGCAUACCAACUCAAAUAUCACCCAAUUAAACCCACCAACUUAUAAAAACCGUUCAAAUCUGGUUUUUACUAGGUAACAACCGGUCAUCAACUAAAUGGAGCCACGUGGUGACACGUGUCACUUUUUUUCCUCGCUCUUUCCUUCUUCUUCCUCUCUUUUCCCGAUGACUCUUUCUUGGGCCCUGUUGCUCCCCGCUUCCUAUUUUCUUUUACAUUCAUUCUUAGUCUCCACUUUGGCUUAAUGACAAGUUCACAAAUCACAACCCAAAGCUACCUCUGUUUCUCACUUUUUCUUAUUUUUGGGUUUUCACGUACCCAUUCAAUCCAUUAAUACACAAGAAAAUAAAUGAAUCAACAAAUUGAUGGAGACGAUUGGUACUUAAUGAGACGGAACAUUGGUAAGAGAGGAGGAAAACGCUCGGUAAAGACAAUCGGUGCUCUCCUUGCCGGAAAUUGGCCGGAGAAGAUGACCGGCGCUCGAACAACCUUCUUGGCUUUCCCGAAGGUUGGCCAGGGAAGAAGACCGGCGUUUGGAUCUAUUGGGCGGCCAGGUGAUUGUAAAAUAAAGAAUGAAAGAAAGAAAGGGACAGAAGAGAAGAAUGGAAAAAAGAGAAAAAAGAGAAUGGGGGAGUCCGCUGGAGAAGAAAAAGGAAUGGGGAAGAUAGAAAGAAAUAAAGAAAGAGAAUAAAGAAACGAAAAACAAAAAAAAAAUACAAAAAUUGAAUGACACAUCAUAUUUCUUUACCGGGAACCGGAACAUUACUUGCUGAAAACUCAAUUUGAUUUUAUUUUAUGUGUUUGUGGGUCUAAUUGGAUGAUAUUUGAAUUGGUGGACUUAAUUGACAUUUUGGUGUUAGUAGGGGGGCUUAUUUGACACUUUUCCCAAAAAAAAAACAUCAGAGGCCAACUUACCUAAUAGCAACCUACAAUCAC